UUCAGGACACUUGUUUGCGUGUAACAAACUGGAGGUUCCACCGAGAUAACCAGAUCACACCACAAGGGGGCACUGCUGUUUGAGACCAAGGAUCCACAGGAGAAAAAGGUGCACCUCAACUGUUUUCAGUUGCCCACAGAUUUCUCGAGCUCACUCAUAGGAGUAGUGCUUUCAAAAGAUGGCGUACAUCUUCAAUUAGAGUCCUGUAGUGAGGGACUGAGCCAGGAAGCCGGCAUAUCAGAGAGACGGCUGGUGACUCCUUCCUAAAACCCUCAUUCCUCAAGAAACCCUUCCUUCUUCCUGAUCCAGGUCCUGGAACCAGAAUCUAAUGUGACGAAUGUGGGGAAUUGCAGUGGUAAGCUAUAACUCCAAACCAGAAUGACUGCUUGAUUGUGAUGAUGAUAAGACAUGGGGCUCUCAAAUCCGAUGUGUUUCAUAUCAAUACUCAGCAGAAAAAUGCAAAGGAAAUUGAAGCUUAUUAUGCUGCUGCCCCUAAAUCCUGGAUGGCAACUUCCUGGUUAAAAAAAAAAGAGUCCUGAGAGAAAAUUCCCCUCCUGAUACCUGUAUUUCAUCCCCUUUUCCAAUGUCCUAUCCAAUUCAUCUGGAGUCUCUGUCACCUCUGAGAGCUGUACUUCAUCCUGACCACCUUGCAGGAAUACCAGGUAACCCACCUGCUGGCAUAUGCCCUCCUGGUUUCAGGAAUUGCAUUUUUAUUAGCAAGUAUUAAACCAACUGGCUUAACUUUUGCCAUUUUUCACUGAUCUUGCUGUAGUUUUGCUUAUACAGUGGUCUGUUCCCCCUUACAAAGGGUAAAAUUUGGUUUGGAAAUAUAUAUCCUGCAGUCUUGCCUGUACCUUCUCUAUUCUCUCUUUCUAAUAGAGAUGGGAAUUAGUUCUUCUUUCUCACAUCCUGCCAGUGACUCUGUUCUGUCUCCAGUAGCCUAAGGUACCACCAUCCACAUUUCUGUAACUACACCUGUGCCUGUAAGUGACUUGUCUUCUGUGCCUGCAUUGAACUGCACUGGAACGUGACCUCUGUAGCUGUGCCAACCUGAUCCUGCAAUUGAUCCAGCCCCAGCUGUAUUCCUCCCUGUUCCUGCCACUACACCACACCUGCAACUGACCAGUUUCCUGUACCUACACCAGCUUGUGACCACCUGCAAAUAGCUGCACUCAUUUGUUCCUGUGACUGAGCCAAUCGUGCAGCUGCACUCUUCCACUCCAAGAACUGGAGUUUAAGCUGCCUUAUCUUCAGGCCGGUCCAAGACAUGUUAGACACCGCCAAUGCCAGAAUGCCCGGUGGAGAUGGAGAUUCAUCCAGGAAGGCUCCUAAAUUCCAGAGUGCUAAAUCCGUUCUGCUGUUCUGCUUUCUGAUCCCUUUUUGCAGCCUGCCUUGAGGACUUAGCUGCUACUUGGGGAACCAAGUCCAAAAUUUGAGUUGGACCCGCAAAACGGCUGAACCUGUCAUCUUUCUGCCUGCACAGUGGUCUGUCCAGAGAUGAACUGUUCUCUUGCCUAUGGGGAGUUCCAUUCCAACAUCUGUCUAUCGAACUACCUAGAAUUUUGCCUGCAUCUGACUGCUUUGUUUCCUACGUGUACCCAUCCAAAGGGGAGCUGUUUCAACCUAGCCUGUGGACUCAAAGUUAAACGCAACUUGAUAUACCUGCUUCGACCUAAGGAAGGCAAUGCCGAGCUCCCCACCAGAUGGUUCAUGCUGUGUGGACUCUUAGCCUUCUCUUAUAUCCCUGAAUGUGCAACCAGUGGCCCAUGCGCCAUUGGAAGACUGCUGGUUCCCUGGAAAGGAACACCUGAAGUGCAGGACACCCGUCCAAAACACAGCUUGGUCCUGGAUAAAACUUGUAACUCCCAUGUCUCACUCCUCACCGUCACAGAAGCAGGCUUGUUGGCUGGUUUCCUAGUCGGUGUUCCCGGACUUUCCGUAGGGAACAUUCGCAACAUUGAUGUCUUAGCUUGUCUGGUUGUUAAAGGCAUGAACAAGACUUCCAAGGCACUAAACAAUAUGCUGCAAGAUCUUAAAGCAACUGAACGUGCCACUAUACAGAAUCGCAUGGCUAUUGACUAUUUGCUUUUGAAAGCCAAUCAUGGAUGUGAGACGUUUGAAGGCAUGUGCUGUUUGAACCUCAGUGACCAUUCACAGACAAUUGAAUCCCACAUCAAGAAGCUGCAAGAUAUGGCCAAGCAAAUCACCAUCAGCAAUGGGUGGUUUAGUGAUUUUUUUGGUUGGGUGGGAGAUUGGUUUCAUGAGUUUGGGAUCUGGACUGAAAGCAGUCCUUGUUUACAUUGCUAUUGGGAUCUUGAUUAUUGUUUGCAUCUGUACCUGUGUUCAGUGCAUUCCAUUCAUAAGCACACGGUUAAAAUAUGCAAUUUGUUCUAUGAUACCUAAGCAGCCAUCCCGUGCCGAAUGCAUGAUGAUGGUGGCCAGGAGAUGUGCUGAGCUGAAAGCUGAACAAGAUCAAAAUUAAGUGGGUGUCAGUGAAGAAUAACUUUCACUGACCCACAAGAUUGUGGGACACAGUCCUGACCUCCACUAAAUUCUGAGUAGUAAGCAGGGAGCCUCAGAGUACCUGAGUGAUAUUUUAUGCAACUCUAGAUAUAGCACAAACAUGUAUCAGAAAGAUGACUAUAUGAAUGUAGAUGUAAUCAUGUUUUAUGAUUUUUGUCUUUACACUGCCACACUAAGAGAAGCCCCUUACCCAUCUUUCUCUUGUCCUUGCAAACUAACAAAAGUGCUGACAGUAGAAAAUGAAACUGCAUUUCUAGAAUCUGUGAGAACAAAACAAUUAAGAUUCAGGCCUGUAGAAUCUCAGUUCCCUCACUGGCAACAUUGCAAGAGAUAAUGGCCAUCAUCCUGCCAUAGAUUGGGGCACUUGUAUUAAAGCCUUUGUUUCAGGAAUUCUGGGAAAUGUCCUUUGCCCAGCACCUAUAUCAUGUAAUGGAAUAAAUUAACAAUGGGUAGUUGUCCUGCUAGUUACAUCAAGAAUGGGAACAGAUCCAGGCUAGUCGUGAAAAUGACACACGUCUGCCCAAUGGAUACUUGAACUGAUAUCAGAGUUGCCAAAGAAAGAGUGUUUGUUCUUUGAAAUGAUAAACAACUUUUACACGUGUUAAUUGAGUAAGGGGACAACCCCUAAUUAUGCUAAACCAAUGGAAUGAUGCUAAGUCAUAUGUACACGCAACUAACUCAACCAAUAACUUACUGAAUACCUAAUGAACCCAAGGAGAUAAAAGCUGAUGUAAUGUUUCUCAGAACUCUGAAGAACAAUUAGUUUUACUGGGCUUUUAUCGCCCUUGUAUCCACGGUCUUCCCUCUAUUUGAAUAAAGUAACUCA